AGAGAGAGAGGGAGAGCGAGAGCGUCGAGCCAGCAGUCGUUUGUGAACCGGCCCUCCUGCCUGUCGAGCCUUCUGCUGCUGCUGUUCCUACUGCUGCUCUGCUUGAACCUGAACCAUGGCUCCCGUGGAGAGGAAAGCCCUGGACCUGACCCCCCUCAGGGAGGCCAAGCUGCCCGUCAUCUUUGUUCUGGGCGGUCCAGGAUGCGGUAAGGGAACGCAGUGCGAGAAGAUCGUCAAGCAGUAUGGCUACACCCACCUUUCCUCCGGUGACCUGCUCAGGGACGAGGUCAAAUCCGGGUCAGAGCGCGGCAAGGCUCUCAACGAGAUCAUGGAGAAGGGAGACCUGGUCCCGCUGGUGCCCCUCUCCUCCUCGUUCCAGAUCCUGCCCUGCACCAAGGUCCUGUACUUCGAGGUCCCCGACGAGGUGAUGGUGGAGCGCCUCCUGAACCGCGCCAAGACCUCCGGCCGCGUCGACGACAACGAGGAGACCAUCAAGAAGCGCCUGGCGACCUUCCACAAGCACUCCGAGCCCGUGAUCCAGCACUACAAGGAAAAGUGCGCCACCAUCGUCGCCCUGGGCUCUCCUGACGAGGUCUUCGCCGAGGUGCAGAAGGCCCUCAGCACCAUCCAGUGAGGAGGAGGUCCCGGAAACACACUCCCACUCCCGCGUCAACCUCCUCCUCCUCCUUUUCCACCUUCGCCUGGCUCUUGGGUUUCCCCCUUUGUGGCUCUCGCCCCCCACCCCCCUGUUGACGUCUCCUCGUGUUCUUUCUCCGUGUCUGUUUCUGUGCUGCUCUUCUCUGGUCUUCCAAGGCUCCGAACUCCCGAUGAUGUCUUCCUCGACAACCUCCAGAACUAUGCAUUACAUUAAUUUAAGAGUGACUUCGGAAGAAAGCAAUACAGUCUACGCAUCUGACCGAACACCGUGACAUUUACUCGGGGGAACUAAAACCACUUCCUCUUCGCGACCUGCUACUCUCUCGGCGAGAGAGUAAGUCACAUGGCACACGCAGUUAGCUAGACUUCACGAUUCUGUGUCUUGUCAACCUGCUAGGCAAAUGCUCAUCAUGCACUUAAUUCCACAAAUCACGAGUGAAGGGAAAAGCUUCUUGGAUACGCCGACGUACAAGUGUCUCUCACAAGGAGGUUAUUUUAAUCUAGUUCAGUGAUGGACUGCGCCCUUGUCAGUAGGAACACCGAAAGCCGAAGCGGCCGGCGCCCAUAUUGGGCGGCCGACGUCAGUUCUCUAUUGCUGUUAUCAUCGUCAUCAACUAUCAUGUUUUUUAGUCAUUGCCAUAUUUUUCUUGGUGGAUACUGACUUUAUUACAUAGGACGAUUCCACUUAUACUUUCGGACUUACGGAAUAAACUGUGACUCUGGACUUGUUGUCUGACGCUGACACCCUUGACAGCCCUCUUGACACGCAUUUGACGCCGGGAACUGUAAUAAAAAAAUAUCGAGUUCUGUGUUACAAAUUACUACGUAUGGCCAUGCAAAACCACUGAUUACUGAUCAUAAAUAGUACUUUACUAGACUGGAGGAGGAAUUGUGACUCAAAGGGAAGUUUACAGCGACUUACUCUUGCUGACUGACCGGGGGAAGGACUAGAAUAGCACAAGAAAUGACUUAUAAAGGUAUUUAUGACUUACUGAUCAGACCAAUGAAGGUCUCCUGACUUGACGAAGGAACCAGUGACUGAUCUGCCAACCAAACAGCUGACAUAAGAAGCCCAGGAGAGGAACUGCGACUGACAAUAAAAAAUCUUACGAUAAAUAUUAAGUGUGACUGACGAUCAAAAAGAUAUAAGCGUGACUGAUGAAGUUGUAUGACUAAGUAAGAAAGUGUGACUGACUGACUUAAGGAACAGCGAAUGACCGAGGAAACUAACUAUUCGACGAAACUGUGACUGAUGAUAUACGGAAAAGAAAUAACGAAGAAACAAAUGACAAUACAAAAUCAAGACUAAACGGCAGAGAUUUUGACUGAUGUAAAAAAUAUAUAUACGACCCGUUUAGUGCAAUUUUGACUGACUGGAGAUAUGACCUUUGACUGACUGAAACAGGAAUGACUGACUUAAAGGAUAGAUUAUGACUGACUGAAUAAAUGAUUUUUUAGACCUAUGACCAUCUAAAAAAAAAUAUUGACUGACUAAAAAAAUCAAGUUUGACUGAAGAAAAUAUGACUGAUAAAAAAAACUAACUAAAAUAAUUAUGACAUAUUAACUACUCAUCGCCUCUCCUCUCUAUCUCACAAAAAAAUACAGACAAAGACACGAAUCCUUGACUAAAUGAAGACAUUAUAAAACCAAACUGACUGAAAAGUAAUCUCGUGACUUACUGAAAGCACAACCAACGUGACUGAGUGAAGGGGGUGAGACAUAAUAUACAUAAAAGUGAACCAGACUAAUACUAAUACUAAGUAAAACAUACUUUAGGUUGUCAAAUAAUAUAAAGAAAUAAAGACUUAGGCAGACUAUAUACUUACGGUGCUCAAACAUGACAGAUAUCGAUGACUGACAUAUCACAAACGGCUUCUGACUAACAGACUAGACGGUGUAUCAACUGUCACGCCUGGAUAAAAUAACUUACAGGAUAUUAAAACGUAAAAAACCGAGGACCACAGACUGACACACACUAGACACUGGACACUAGGCAGACACUAGACAGAACGGACAGAUAUAAACAUUUUGGAUGACUUUAGAAGACAUAUUUACACCUUAUGAAAAUGACCCACUUCAGACAAAAACAAACUUAAGACGUAGCUUUGGAAAAAACUAAAGAUGUUAGACUUGAAACAGACGACCUAAGGUUAACUGACUGCCCUGACUUGACUGAAAGACCCAAGAUAAAUGAAAUUAAUUUGUAAAUAAGGGAAAGACUUCAGCAGUGACUCAGACAGUGACUUCAUGCUGAGGAAACGACAAUGGCAAGAUACUGACAAUCUAUACACUGUUGAAAGGACUGAAUGCAUAGAUGCUUUUGACUAUAGCACGGACUUUCGUAGGACUUCUAAGGAUUUCAGAUGAACACUGACUCUCUUGACACUGGACAGGACUAAAGGUUUACACUGACAUCUGACACGACCUCAGAAUAACAUUGACUCGCUUGACAGGACUCAGAAUAAUACUGAGUCUCUUGACAGGACUUCAGAUUACCAUUGACAGAACUUCAGUUUAUCACAGAUACAUGACAGCACUAAGGAUUUACACUGACAUUUGACAGAACUAAAGAUCAACACCGACAUUUGACUGGACUUCAGAUUAACACUGACUCUUGACAUGACAGAUCCUUCUCACACUACAGCACAGGCACGUGACAGAGACAGGUGGACGUCAACUGACAAGACGGUGCAGUAUUAACUGACAAGGCAAAUGAUGUUGUGCAGAUGAGAUUCAAUAGACAAGGAACCCAUGAGUCACCGUGACAAACCCUGCUGACUCACCAUAACGAACUCAUGACUCAUAUUAAUAGACCCUCCAGACUCACGAGAAAUAACAAUACAAAAUAGACCUAACUCACUCGCUAUAAAUAAUGACUCGUGACUCAUGACAAAUCCUACUGACACGCCAUAAAGAAGCCCAACUGAUUGACAAUGACAGCCCUUAAAUGAGUCACUAUGACAGACCUUACUGACACCAGAACUCGCCGAGAGACAUAUCCGACUGACUCGUUUUAAAGAACACGUGACUCACCAUGACGGACCUGAUGUGACUCGCCACAGUAGAUCCUAGUGACUCACCUAAAAAAAAAAGACACGUGACUCAUUGAAACAGACCUAGCAGACUCAUUGUGAAGAUCCCAUGACUCAAAUUUAUAAAUCUUACUGACUGACUUAUGCAAAAAAAAGAGAGACUGACGGACGGACAGUAUGUGACUCACCAUGACAGAACCCCAAUUUGACUCGGAGGACUCACUGAGCCAGACAUCAUUGACUCAUUAUAACACAAACUCAUGACUCAUCUCAACAGACCCUUACCCUCAGAAUGAAAACAAGAAAACGAGGAUAAAGCAUAAAAAAUGAUAAUAAAGACUUUCAAAGACUUAACGUACGAAUUCGAAGAAAGUCAGAGGAAGAAGAAAGGACAUUCCGCCAUUUUGUUUUUUGACUGCCUGGCUGAGAGGUUUAAAAAAAAAGCGCGGGAAAAAAAGGUUUGAAUUGUUUCUGAAUUGACGUUCAGCCUAAAUGUGAUUCUCAGAUUCAGGAAACGUUUUUAAGAAUAUGAAAAAAAAACUUUAUGAGGAAGUUUUUUUUUUUACUUGAGACUUUAUAAGUAUAUAAAUCAAG